AUGAGUGCAGCAAAUAUGGGAAACUGUUUAGCCAUAACUCCAGCCUUAUUGUACACCAGAGAGUUCACAGUGGAGCAAGGGCUUAUGAAUGCAGCAAAUGUGGGAAAGCCUUCAGCUAUACAUACAGACUUGUUCAACAUCAGAAAAUUCACACUGGAGAAAGAUCUCAUGAGUGUAGUGAAUGUGGUAAAGCCUUUAGCCAGACUUGUCCAGCACCAGAAAAUCCACACUAGAGAAAGACCUUAUGCAUGUAGUGAAUGUGGGAAAUGCUUUAGGCGAAGCUCUGGCCUUAUUGAACAUCAGAGAAUUCACACUGGGGCAAGACUUUACAAGUGUAGUGAAUGUGGAAAAUUCUUUAGCCACAAAAUCACACUUGUUUGGCAGCGAAGAAUCCACACUGGAGAAAGGCCUUGUAAGUGCACUGAAUGUAGGAAAUCCUUUAGCCAAAGUUCUGGCCUUAUUGUACACCAGUGA